GUUGCCAUGGCGAGCGCGGCGCCGGGGCCGCGGGGCCUGCGCUGGGCCCUGGGCCCGCUGGGGCUCUGCUGGGCCCUGCUGGGCCCCGCCACCGCCACCGCCCCCAACAUUGUCCUGCUGCUCAUGGACGACAUGGGCUGGGGGGAUUUGGGAGCUUUGGGAGAGCCUUCUAAGGAAACCCCUAACCUAGACCAGAUGGCUGCAGAAGGGAUGCUGUUCCUGGAUUUUUACACUGCCAGCCCCCUCUGCUCUCCCUCAAGGGCAGCCCUGCUGACGGGCCGGCUCCCGGUCAGGAACGGCUUUUACACCACCAAUGGACACGCCAGGAAUGCAUACACACCACAGGACAUAGUAGGAGGAAUCCCAGAUUCUGAAUUACUGCUUCCAGAGCUCCUGAAGAAAGCUGGUUACACCAAUAAGAUCAUUGGCAAAUGGCACUUGGGGCACAGGCCCCAGUUCCACCCCCUGAGGCACGGCUUUGAUGAGUGGUUUGGGUCCCCAAACUGCCACUUUGGGCCCUACGACAGCAGCGAGCGCCCCAACAUCCCCGUGUACAGGGACUGGGACAUGGCUGGCAGAUACUAUGAAGACUUCAAAAUUGAUCUGAAGACAGGUGAAGCCAACCUGACUCAGCUCUACCUGCAGGAAGCUCUGGAUUUUAUUAGCAAGCAGCAGGCCAGCCAGCAGCCAUUCUUUUUGUACUGGGCAAUUGAUGCUACCCACGCUCCUGUUUAUGCCUCCAAACAGUUCCUGGGCACGAGUCAGAGAGGGCUGUAUGGGGAUGCUGUGAGGGAGAUCGAUGACAGCGUUGGGAAAAUCCUGAAGCACCUCCAGCAGCUGGGCAUCAGUGAGAACACCUUUGUGUUCUUCACCUCUGAUAACGGGGCUGCUCUCAUUUCAGCUCCCAAACAAGGAGGAAGCAAUGGGCCUUUCCUGUGUGGCAAACAAACCACCUUCGAGGGUGGCAUGAGGGAGCCGGCCAUCGCCUGGUGGCCCGGCCACAUCCCUGCAGGAGGGGUCAGCCAUCAGCUGGGCAGUGUGAUGGAUCUGUUCAGCACCAGCCUCUCCCUGGCGGGUCUGCAGCCUCCCAGUGACAGACAGAUUGAUGGCAUCGACCUUUUACCUGUCAUCCUGCAGGGCAAGCUAAUUGACAGGCCCAUUUUCUAUUAUCGUGGCAACGAGCUGAUGGCAGUGAGAGCUGGGCUGUACAAAGCUCACUACUGGACCUGGAGCAACUCCUGGGAGGAGCACAGCAAGGGCAUCGAUUUCUGUCCUGGCCAGAGCGUGGCUGGAGUGACCACACACACCCAGGAGGAGCACACCUACCUGCCCCUGCUCUUCCACCUGGGCAGGGACCCUGGGGAGAAGUACCCCUUGAGCUUUGCCAGUGAGGAGUACCAGCAGGCUGUGGAGCACAUCUCAGGGCUGGUGCAGCAGCACAAGGCCACCCUGGUGCCAGGCCAGCCCCAGCUGAACGUGUGUGACCAGGCUGUCAUGAAUUGGGCCCCUCCAGGCUGCGAGAAGCUUGGGAAGUGCCUGAAAGCACCAGAGUCUGAUCCUAAGAAAUGCUCUUGGCCUCACUGAUGGCUGCAGCCCUGCAGAGCUACCC